GGUAAAGGUCUAUCGGCCUCGGUCAGGUAUCGUCAUUGCAAUUGUUUUGAGGUGCUAAGACGUCAAUUGAUAAAUUCCCAAUUUUACCGUAACACAACGCACUUGUCCACACAAAUAAUUUAACAACAUUCUCUGAUUCGGUUUAACAAUAAUUAGCACGGCAAGUAAAGGCAAACAGUGAGCGAAAACGAACAAUAAAAUGAGGGCAAACAAGUCAGGUUUUGCAAACAAUACACUUACAAUGUAUGUAAUUUCAAGAAGUUAUACUAUUUGCUGUGCCCCAAGAAGUCAUAUAUAGUAUAAUUAAGUUCUUAUGCGCUUAAAAGCAAUGGCUGGCACUCGAUGUGUAUUUGAGUAAACAUGGGCAUAUAAUUCCCCUUGACUCCAAUAGGAAGUGCUCCAUAAAAACAUCAUGUGACAUCUUUAACAGCUAUACGUACUGUAUAAAUAAGCAUAUAAUCGCUUCCAAUGUACAUAUGUAACAGCUUGAACGAUUAAAACUUUACCAGCAUCCUGGGCAAACCAUGGAGGAACCCAAAAUAGCAACCACAGCGGAGCUUCCCAGCACAUCAACCGGAGCAUCGUCGUCAUCAUCGACUUUGUCCAACAACGUGAGCUACGACAAGAUCGCCUGGACUCGGGAUAUCACAGAACCCUUGGCUGAGGAGUCAUCUACAAGUCAAUUGCGCCCGCUGGGUACCUCGAUUCCAACCGAUUCGGCGGCAUCGGAACUGAAUACGUCCAACACUUCGUAUUCCUUUACUGGAGACUAUCUAUCUGGUGGCAAUAAGGCCGAUCUGAAGGGUGGCUAUCCAUCCGGUGGCACCGAUACGGACACGAAAGCCAAUGAAAAGGACAAGGAGAAGGAACAUAACGCAGACGACUCGCUCUACGAGUGCAACAUAUGCCUGGACACCGCCAAGGAUGCUGUGGUCAGCAUGUGCGGCCAUCUGUUCUGCUGGCCGUGCCUGCAUCAGUGGCUCCUGACGCGUCCCAAUCGCAAACUCUGUCCCGUUUGCAAGGCUGCCGUUGAUAAGGAUAAGGUCAUACCUCUGUACGGAAGAAAUAGUACACACCAGCAAGAUCCACGUAACAAAGUUCCACCACGGCCCGCUGGACACCGUACAGAACCAGAUCCUGUUCCCGGGUUCCCUGGAUUCGGAUUCGGCGACGGUUUUCACAUGUCCUUCGGCAUUGGAGCUUUUCCUUUCGGCUUCAUAACAUCUACGUUCAACUUUGGCGAACCACGUCCGCCUGUUGCUGUUCGGGGAACAAGGCAAUACCAGUAUGAACAGGCCAUGUCUAAGCUCUUUUUGUAUCUGGCCCUUGUGUGCAUAAUGUGGCUGUUCUAUGCAUAGCAAUCUGCGAACGCGUAGAGACAUCACCCCGAUAAGAAGAACCUAUAUUCAAAUGUGUAUGGAAAGCGUCCGAAGUAAUCAUAUAGCAGUAUCCUCCAGUUAAAUCAACAAUAUUCUUAAACUCGUUGGGCAAUAGUCGUUGGUGUGAUUAAUUAACAUAAAUUGUAAGCAUUCGGUUAUAAUUUUAAUUUGAGAAUUCGCAAAACAGAAGUGGAUUGGGUACCCCAAACUAUUUCAAAAAGGCCGCGAUACCCUACGACUCUCAGCGUAAAAAACUGAAAUUUCGAAAUCAUUGGAUCGUAAUGAUUUAUUUAAAAUGUAGAUGUCAAAAAGUGUAAAAAUAUAUAUUUUAAACUCGAUAAAACAUUAAAAACAUUUAUUUCAA